AUUUUUUACUUUGUUUUUGACGUGUAUUCUGUUACUUUUCGUAAUUUUAAUAUUUUUGUAAAUUAAAAUUGAUCUCAAACCCUAUUUAAACAUGUCUAGCGGCCAGUGGGAAGUUGUUGGAAAAGGCAAGAAGUCUCAAAGCGGCAAAGUUAAAAAUAAUAAGGACGAGGAAAAAAAGCCGACCAAAAAUGGGGUGAAAUCGGAAGAAAUCGUCCCUAAAUCCCAAGCAAAAUCGUAUUAUGAAGGGAUGGAGAUAGAUGAUCCUAAAAAGGCUAAAAAGAAUGGAGACAAGAAGAAGAAACAGGAAAAGAAAGCAGAAGCAUCGAAGCCGAGACCCCCUAAAAGCCUAGAAGAGGCGUUUGAAGUUCUGGAUAGAGAAGAACUAGCGAAUAUUAUAGCUACUAAUAAGAUUAGAUUCUCUAACGCACCUUUGGUUUGGCUUAAGGAAGUUGCAAACUUUCUGAAUUCGAAAACACAAAUAGAAAUAGAGGACCCUACAUUUUCAUCCUAUGAUAUUAAGUAUCCUCUAUGUAUUGUGCCUAACGAGGUAAAGAAAAUUCUGGAAAAGGUCCUACUUGAUGCCGGAAAGGCUAACACUCAACUUUUCUUUGAUGUUACCCUUACUACUUUAGCCAAUGAUAUGAGCAGAGGUCAAUUAGUCAACGGUCAUAGACUUCUGCUACAGAUGCUAGCUUUAGAAUACCCCGAGUUCUGUAUUACAUCACUGCCAAAGAGUGUCAGCCUGAGGAAUUCCUACCAGAACCGACCUCCAAUAGGUUUGACCCUGCUCUGGGCAUUUGGCCAAGGUGGAAUCAACAAUUAUGCAGUAGGAUUAAAAGCUUGGCAAGAAUUAUUCUUCCCAAUUAUAGAGUUGAAGAACUAUUCUAAAUAUAUAGUAGCUUAUUUAUCAAAGUUGUUAGAUAGACACGCUAAAAUGGAUGCAAAAGUUAGUCAAGAGCAGUUGCUGGCCAUGUUUGACACCGUUAGCAAUAAGAAGAAUAGCUUGUCCAAGGAAGUAUAUAGUGAUCUAAUAAAGCAAUUAAUUAAAUAUAAGGAAAUAUAUUUUGAUAAAAGUGGCAAUAAACUUCAAGUGACCUUUAAUCAGCUUAUGAAGAAAUUACCUAACCAAUACCUCAGCGGAGCCAGCCUUGAUAUAUACAAUGGAGUUCUGGUGGAGAGCUUAGUCAAUUGUCUACAACGAGACGACUCCUGUCAUCCAACAUGGAGGCAGCUGUUCAAUAGGUGCAGCAAGCAGUCAGCUACAUUAAUAGAUUACAUAGAUGAAAAUUGGGAAGAGGUGAGUCCAAAACUGAAGAAGAAAUCUCUGAAAACGACAAUACUGCAGUUCCAAGAGGUUUGCGAAGAGACAUUGAAAGGAAAGAAGAAAGACGAAGCAGUGGUUAAAGCUAAUAAGAAAUGCCAAGAUAUUCUAGACAGGAUGACAAGUACUAGAAGGUUCCCUUGGCUAUGGGCCAGCUUCUUCCUCUUCGUCACAAUCUCCGGGUUGAUCGCCUACGAUGUGUCCAGGGUUGGUGGAGAGUUGCCUAAGAGUGCAACUGGCAAAAUUCUCAAUGAUUUGGGCAUUUUGAAACAAACUCAGCAUGCUUGGCAGAAGACAUUGUCGACGUCGGCUCGUGGUUACCUCUGGUUGGAGACCAAUGCACCGAUAUACUACGUACAAACUGUAGAGUUUACGAAACCUUACGCACAACUCGCUAAAGAUGUGUUCAUUAUUACGUCCAAGAAGGUCGGAAUACUGUAUUCUAAUAUAAAGGAUUAUGUUUCGGAGAAAAUGCCAGUGGUGGUUGCUACAAUUGAAGAAUAUGUACCAGGUGCCAUUGAGACUGUUCAGAAGCACUCUUGUAAUGCCUUCUCUACUCUGAAGAUGUACUCAGCGCAAUACUACGAGUUGACUUCUAACUAUUUAUCAACUAAAGUUUUUGUCGGAGAGUGGGCACCGGAGAAGCUGCAGAAUAAAACGGAGGUGGCGUUGAAUGCUACUAAGCUGCACAUGAACAACUACUUGCACUGGCUCAGAGAGAAGAUCCACGUGUACUCGGAGAUACCUUGAAGAACAACACCCGAGUGAUUCGGCAUCACAAGUGUGGACAUGUGCUAACAUUGUUCAAGGACAUUUUUAAUUUAAUGCUCUAAUGUAGAUCAGUGAUGAGAUUUUAAAACUUUUUGAUUAUUUUUUUAAUUUCGCACAAUCAUGAUCCAUCAGUCUCUCUACUAAAUAGUUACCUUUGUUUUGCAAUAAAAUGAAAUAUUUUUACUAACGGUUUAUUAGUGUUACGAGUGAGGAUGUUACUUCGAUGACAGAUGUUUUAUAUUCAAUAUUUUCAUAUCAAAAUCGAAUACGGACAUUCCUGGUGAUGCAUUUAAAUUUUAUGUGUAGAGUUAAUUUGAAGAGAAUCGUUAAAAAUGUAUUUGGAGAUUGUGUGUUUUAAAUGUUUAUUGCUGAAUGUGAAUAAAAUGAGUUUAAUUU